CUGAGACCCCUUUCCUCGAAGUUUGUCUGCUGGGGACGGGUGAUUCUACUUUAUCAUGGGCUAUCUGAGUGAUCUGCUUCUGGUGGUAUUGUUCCUCGGGACAGCUAUGCUCAACAGCGCGGAAAUUCUUCCGUAUCAUGAUUUUUCCUCUCCGGGAACGGGAAGCCCAGCUGUUAUAUUCUCUUCUGAGGCGCCUUUGAGGUUCAAUCCCAUCAUGCGAUCCUCAUUCUCGACCGACGGUCAAGACCAUCGAGGAGGAAAAGUCACCCUCGACCCAGGGAACGCCAAUAUCAUUUGGCCUGAGGCGAACGAAGACGACGGCGUCAAGAAUCCUCCCACCAUUUUCAUGGAUCCCGCGAAAGGAAGUGAUUUUACAACUACGGACUGCUGCGACGGAUCGGAUGAGUCAAGUUCAAGACCUUCGGGAGAUCGUCCAGAAAGGGAAAAUGGAAGCAAUGUCCAAAAGGGAUGGAACGACGGGCGAUCCAAGGGAUCUAUCAUACGCGAAAGCGUAUACGGAGGCCGUCCCAACGACUACGGGGAGGAGGAGACAGCCCUGCCCUUCGUAAAUUACAUGAACAUGCAGCGAAAACGUGACACCAGAGUGAGGAAGAGAAGGAGCCCGACAACUCCCGUUGAUGCAUUUACUUGCCUGGUACAGGCUGACAGGCACAGAGCAGAGUUGAGUGAGAAUCUCAAAACCCCAAAACUUUCCAAGGGUGCCAGAAUGCCAGAUUCAGGCAUGGGAGACGUUUUCCUCUGGCAUUCGUCAACUGAUGAAACGACCAACUGCGCAAUGUUCAUCAUCAUGAGAUUGUGGCAGUACCUUAAUAUUUUGGUGAUUUCUUGCUUGAACCUGUUCUGUACAUCUCGACCCUUUGUGAAACACAAGAAGACAUAG